AUGGCCCGGAGACCCCGACACAGCAUAUACAGCAGUGACGAGGAUGACGAAGACAUUGAGAUGUGUGAUCAUGACUAUGAUGGACUGCUUCCCAAGUCUGGAAAGCGUCACUUGGGGAAAACUAGGUGGACCAGGGAAGAGGAUGAAAAACUGAAGAAGCUGGUGGAACAGAAUGGAACGGAUGACUGGAAAGUUAUUGCCAAUUAUCUCCCGAAUCGAACAGAUGUGCAGUGCCAGCACCGAUGGCAGAAAGUACUAAACCCUGAGCUCAUCAAGGGGCCUUGGACCAAAGAAGAAGAUCAGAGAGUGAUAGAGCUUGUACAGAAAUACGGUCCGAAACGUUGGUCUGUUAUUGCCAAGCACUUAAAAGGGAGAAUUGGAAAACAAUGUAGGGAGAGGUGGCAUAACCAUUUGAAUCCAGAAGUUAAGAAAACCUCCUGGACAGAAGAGGAAGACAGAAUUAUUUACCAGGCACACAAGAGACUGGGGAACAGAUGGGCAGAAAUCGCAAAGCUACUGCCUGGACGAACUGAUAAUGCUAUCAAGAACCACUGGAAUUCUACAAUGCGUCGGAAGGUCGAGCAGGAAGGUUAUCUGCAAGAGUCUUCUAAAGCCAGCCCGCCAACAGUGGCCACAAGUUUUCAGAAGAACAGUCAUUUGAUGGGUUUUGCUCAUGCCCCACCUUCAGCUCAUCUCCCUCCAGCUGGCCAGACUUCAGUUAACAAUGAUUAUUCCUAUUACCACAUUUCUGAAGCGCAAAACGUCUCCAGUCAUGUCCCAUAUCCUGUAGCGUUACAUGUAAAUAUAGUCAACGUCCCUCAGCCAGCUGCUGCGGCCAUUCAGAGACACUAUAAUGAUGAAGACCCUGAGAAAGAAAAGCGAAUAAAGGAAUUAGAAUUGCUCCUAAUGUCGACUGAGAAUGAGCUCAAAGGACAGCAGGCGCUACCGACGCAGAACCACACAUGCAGCUACCCCGGGUGGCACAGCACCACCAUCGCUGACCACACCAGACCUCAUGGAGACAGUGCACCUGUUUCCUGUUUGGAAGAACACCACUCCACUCCCUCUCUGCCUGUGGAUCCUGGCUCCCUACCUGAAGAAAGUGCCUCUCCAGCAAGGUGCAUGAUCGUCCACCAAGGCACCAUUCUGGAUAAUGUUAAGAACCUCUUAGAAUUUGCAGAAACACUUCAAUUUAUAGAUUCUGAUUCUUCAUCAUGGUGUGAUCUCAGCAGUUUUGAAUUCUUUGAAGAAGCAGAGUUUUCACCUAGCCAACAUCAUGCAGGCAGAGCCCUAAAGCUUCAGCAAAGAGAGGGCAGUCUGAAUAGACCUGCAGGAGAGCCUAGCACAAGGGUGAACGCUCUCAAGUUGAGUGAGGGUUCACUUGACCCGCUCAAGCCCUUACCUCCUUCGAGGCACGGCACAGUUCCACUGGUCAUCCUUCGAAAAAAGCGCGGCCAGGCAAGCCCCUUAGCCACUGGAGGCUCUAGCUCCUUCCUAUUUGCUGGCGUCAGCAGCUCAACUCCCAAGCGUUCCCCUGUCAAAAGCCUACCCUUCUCCCCUUCACAGUUCUUAAACACUUCUGGUAACCAUGAAAACUUAGACUUGGAAAUGCCUUCUUUAACUUCUACCCCUCUCAAUGGUCACAAAUUGACUGUUACAACACCAUUUCAUAGAGACCAGACUGUGAAAACUCAAAAGGAAAAUACUAUUUUUAGAACUCCAGCUAUCAAAAGGUCAAUCCUAGAAAGCUCUCCAAGAACUCCUACACCGUUCAAACAUGCACUUGCAGCUCAAGAAAUUAAAUAUGGUCCUCUGAAGAUGCUACCUCAGACACCAUCUCAUCUAGUAGAAGACCUACAGGAUGUGAUCAAGCAGGAAUCUGAUGAAUCUGGAAUUGUUGCUGAGUUUCAAGAAAAUGGGCCACCUUUACUGAAGAAGAUCAAACAAGAGGUGGAAUCUCCAACGGAUAAAGCAGGAAACUUCUUCUGCUCCAACCACUGGGAAGGGGAGAGUCUGAACACUCAGCUGUUCACACAGGCAUCGCCUGUGGUGGAUGUGCCAAAUAUUCUUACAAGUUCCGUUUUAAUGACGCCAGUAUCAGAAGACGAAGACAAUGUUCUCAAAGCAUUUACAGUACCUAAAAACAGGUCCCUGGCGAGUCCCUUGCAGCCUUGUAGCGGUGCCUGGGAGACCGCAUCCUGUGGAAAGACAGAAGAUCAGAUGACAGCUUCUGGUCAAGCUCGUAAAUAUGUGAAUGCCUUCUCAACCCGGACUCUGGUCAUGUGA